AUGGAACAAGUGAUAUCGACAGUGAGGACCAGGAUUCAAACUCUAAUGUUCAAAGCCCUUGGAUCCUCGACAGGGAGUUGCAAAGAUCAUUCUUCAAGUUCGACCAAUCCUUCGCUGAGCACUAGUCACGGAAUUUUUGGAAGCUGCCCCGAAGUGAAGCCGCCAAAAUGGGGCGCUGUAAAAGAGAGAACCUUAGAAGAUGGUUCCUUGCAAAUUCUCUAUUCUUGUGAUCCAGGCCGGAAGCUCAAGGGACAUCAAAUAUUGACUUGCACUGACACUGAAUGGGAUCAUGCAAUUCCAAAGUGUAUUCCAAUUGAGGAAAGAAAAAUGAGAAGUCUGGGCAGAGUUGAGGUGGUGGGGAGGAUUCCAAUAUACGAUCCUAUGCGUGGAACAAACCGCCGACUGAAUCCGAAGGCCGCCGAGUUUAGCCGAGUCUGUAAAAUCCCACCAAUUUUAAAUGUGCAUUAUCACGUAGACACGCACAUAAAUGUGGGUCUGUGGCUGAUUUCCUUGAGUCUGCAUCAACCGGCGAGUUGUGGUUUAGUUCAAUAUCGUAGAGCGAAUCGUGGAAUACCACAAGUAAGUUGGUGUGGUUGUAUUAAGUACACGAAGCAGGACGAAAAGCCAUCGAUAAAGCUCUUCUUGAAUUUGGGAAACAGUUAUUGUGCUGCUGCCGCCCCAGGAGCUGUCUACUUUUUAUUUCACGCCCGUUUCAGGAGGAUUUUGAAGUUCAGCAGCGCCACUGCUGCUGAUAAAUUUAAGUCAGCGGGUGGUAGAUUUCUGCUGGUUUUAGUCAAUUUUGGUGGAAGGAAGCUUCAGGAAGAAAACGGAAACCUCAGUUCGCAUCCGCCGAGUUUAUUCCCCAAUGUGCGAAUAUCGGAAAUUGUUACGACAGUAUACUUCUGCGCUUUCAAUAAAGACUAUCGAGGACAUGGAAAAACAAAAAGAAAUCGUGACGAUCUUUUGCUCUUAGAUGAUCCCCCAUCGACAGAUGCCCCAAUGAAGCGUUCUCAAUUUGGAAAAAAGAACGGCGAUCAGAAGAAGAAGGGAAAGAGGAAGAAACUGAAUUUAGACAUGAAUUUCUCGAGUAUGAACGAGACUUUAGUUUCGAAACUCGAUGUAAGCUGCUCUAAAGGAAAAAGUGUUUUUAAAGCUCCUCCACAGCUGGAAAAUGCCCGUCCUCCUAAAAUUGUCAGGAGAAAAAAUGUAGUUUCGUCGAAGAGGAAUUAUCUGGUUGCUAUAUAUGAGUGUCUGGAGGGCUAUGUUCUUAAGGACUCGAUGGCAGAUCGAAUGUUUUGCAGCAAACGAAACUGGCUGGGAACAAUGCCGGAGUGUGUUGAAGAUCAAGAACCGGUGCAAGAAAAUCUCAGACGCUGCGGCGAAGACAACGGUGGGUGCGACCAUAUCUGUGAGGACAUCCCCCUUGGGAUUCAGUGCCUUUGCUACGAUGGGUAUCGUGCAAAUGGAACAUUUUGUACUGAUAUCGAUGAGUGUACGGAAGGGACGGCAGGCUGUUCGCACAUUUGUCAGAACGAUCGAGGAUCUUUUCACUGCGAAUGUCCCACUGGUUUUCUCUUGGAUUCAGAUUCUCGCUCCUGUGCUGAUGUAGACGAGUGUUUACCAAACAAUGGUCGAGGACCUUGUCAAGACACUUGUCAUAAUCUCGACGGUGGUUACGAAUGCAGCUGCAUGAAAAUUCCUGGGCAUAAAUUGUCCGCUGAUAAUCACACCUGCAAGGACAUAGACGAAUGUGCUGAAAACAAUGCUGGAUGUUCCCACAUUUGCCUCAAUACUCCAGGCAGCGUUUUUUGCUUAUGUCCAGAGGGAUUCUACUUGGAAGAACAUUCGAAAAUUUGCAGUGAUGUUAAUGAGUGUGAGGGAAAUACGAAAGUUUGUGACGAAACUAGCGAGGAGUGUGAGAACACUCUAGGGUCUUAUAAGUGCGUUCAGAAACUAAACAGGUCGUCGAAAAUCCUACAGGAUGAGGAUUACGAUACCGAGGAUGACGAGGAUGAGGACGAGGAUUAUGAGGGAAUUACAGAACUUCCGGGUCUAGCAAAUUGCGAGGAGGGUUUCAGAAGGGCUGCAGAUGGAGAAUGUCUUGACAUUGACGAAUGCGUCGAAGGCGACGAAGGAGAACCACACGGUUGUGAGCACACCUGUGUGAACGAACUAGGUGGCUACUACUGUACCUGUAAUGACGGAUACGACAUCCAAGAUGAUGGAGUCUCCUGUCAAGACAUAAACGAAUGUCUCAAAAAUCCCUCAAUCUGCUCCCACUCUUGCCACAACACUGACGGAUCAUAUAUCUGCACAUGUCCGAGCGGUUUUUCCCUAGAAAAUAAAACAACCUGCCUUGAAUCCGUUUCCCCAAAAUCGUGCGCCUCUCUAGUUCCUAAAUGUUCCUAUGAAUGCGCGGAAGGAUCUGAAGGGCCACAUUGUGUCUGUCCUUUAGGAUACGAAUUAGACACCAAUGGUGUCGUUUGCCUUGAUAUAAACGAAUGCGAAGAAGGUCGUUGUUCCCAUUCCUGUAUUAAUUUAGAAGGAAGCUUCAUCUGCUCUUGUCCUGAUGGUUUAGAAUUAGGAGAAGAUAAAUUCAAUUGUACCGAUGUUGACGAAUGUUUGCAGAAACACGGUUGUGAGUACGAAUGUGUUAAUCUGCACGGAUCCUAUAAAUGUAGUUGUCCUCCAGGCUUGUCCUUGAAUGAGGAUGAGAAGAACUGCAAGGACAUAAACGAGUGUGCAACAGGUCAGCAUAACUGUUCUCAUCAGUGCUGGAAUGAAAUAGGCAGUUACAGAUGCAUCUGUCCCAUAGGAUUUGAACUUCUCGAUGAUUUGAGAACUUGCCAGGACAUAGACGAGUGUCUAAUCAACAUCCACGGAUGCUCCCAUGAUUGUCUCAAUUCUCACGGCACUUAUCAGUGCACUUGUCCUUCCGGUUGGAGCCUUGAUGCCUCAGGCAGAAUCUGUGAAGAAGAUUCUGGCUGUGGAAAUAUGAACUGUACCCAAAAUUGCUUAAAGGAGGAAGACACUUAUAGAUGUACUUGUCAUAAAGGUUUUAUAUUAGAGUCUGAUGGAGAGACUUGUCAAGAUUUGGACGAGUGCCAAGAAGACGAGCACGAUUGCUCCCAUGAUUGUAUAAAUACUCCAGGAAGUUACGAGUGCAUCUGUCCGCAAGGGUUAAAGCUUCUGAGUGAUGGACUCACAUGUGGUGAUCCCUUUUGCGCGGAAGGUUUCAGAAAAUCUGGUUCUGGUUGUGAAGAUGUGGACGAGUGCUUUGAAGAAGACUACGACUGUUCCCACACUUGUGUCAAUCUCUAUGGAUCAUACAAGUGCACAUGUCCUUCUGGAUUUUAUCUAGAAGCGGACCGCGUAACUUGUUCUGCUUUAGAUCACUGUAAAGAUGAAUCUUGCUCAAAGAAAUGUGUCUUCACGAACAAUAAUACUUGCGAGUGUCCUUCGGGCCAUGAAUUAGGAGAUGAUGGUUUGAUCUGUAGAGAAAUCUGCUCUCCAGGAUACAAACUCAAGUCUGAUAAUCUCACCUGCGAAGAUAUUGAUGAGUGUUCUCUGGGCCUAGAGAAUUGUAAUCAAUGCGUUAAUAUUCCUGGGAGUUAUAGUUGUAUUGAUGAUCAUCUUUGCUCAGAUCAUGGAUGUUCCCAUACUUGUGAGAGAGACGAAGAUCAGAUAAGAUGUGGCUGUCCGGAGGGAUUCGAACUUGAUGAGGAUGAAAAAACUUGUAAAGAUGUUGACGAAUGUGAAGAAGGAUCCCAUGUCUGUUCUCAGAAAUGUCUGAACAUAGAUGGUUCUUAUUACUGCGAGUGUUUGGAAGGAUUUGAAUUAGCAGAGGAUAAAAAGACAUGUUUUAAUGAACCAGAUCCAUGCGAUGAUUUCGGUUGUUCUCACGAAUGUAUUCGCAUCAAAGAUAGUGAAUCGAUAUUGAAAGUAGAAUGCAGAUGUCCCUCAGGAUUUGGAUUACAUGACAACAAAACUUGCAAGGAUAUUAAUGAAUGCAUCGAAGGAAACGAAGUUAACAUUUGUUCCUACGGUUGUGUCAAUACCGAAGGAAGUUACUACUGCCAGUGUCCCCAGGGUUACAAAAUUGCUCCAGAUACCAAAAGCUGUGAAGAUAUAAAUGAAUGCAGUCAUGAAAACGCAGGAUGUUCCCAUUUCUGUAAUAAUAUCGAUGGUGGUGUCGAGUGCUCUUGUCCUGAAAACUACAGACUCGGAGAUGAUGAAAAAACAUGCCAGGAAUUCGAUGAAUGUCGACUCAACAAUGGCGGAUGCUCCCACUUCUGCAACAACGAAAAUGGAAACAUAUUUUGCUCCUGUCCUUCAGGAAUGAUCCUAACUGAUGAUAAUUCUGAAUGUCGAUGCAAGGAAGGCUACACUCUGGCAGAAGAUAAUUCCACUUGUUUGAUAUUCGAUUCUUGUCAAAUUGAAAACGGAAACUGUUCUCAUGAAUGCAACUUUGACAACCAAUCGAUUAUCUGCUCCUGUCCUCCAGGAUACAGAUUGAAAGCUGAUUUGAAGACCUGCGAGGAUAUAGACGAGUGCGAGGAAUUCGAGAACGAUGUGGACACAGGAUGCUCUCAUAAAUGCAUCAAUCAUGAAGGUGGAUAUCAUUGCGAGUGUCCUCCAGGAUUCAUACUGCAACCGGAGGAUAAAAAAACUUGUAUCGAUUUAGACGAGUGUCUUUCAUCGAGCCACAAUUGUUCCCACGACUGUUUGAAUCUCCUCGGAAGCUACAUCUGCACUUGUUAUGAUGGACACUAUCUGCAUUCGGACAGAUCCACUUGUCUCGAUAUUGAUGAGUGUCUCGAAAGUAAUGGCGGAUGUUCCCAGAUCUGUAACAACACGAUUGGCGGAUACCUCUGUGGCUGUACGAAAGGAUACGAAUUAUCUAUUGAUGAAAGAACAUGCAUAGACGUUGAUGAGUGCAAAAAUGGACUAGAUGAUUGCUCUCACGAGUGCCUGAAUAUCCUCGGAUCAUGGAAAUGUGUCUGUCCGGUUGGUUUUUAUCUCGAUACUGAUCGAAAAUCUUGCCGGGAUAUUGACGAGUGUUUAGUUGAUCACGGGAACUGUUCUGAUUUUUGUCUAAAUUUAGAGGGUUCUUUCAAGUGCGGAUGUCCAGAAGGUUACAGUCUUCUUUCGGAUUUAAAAACUUGUGAGGAUAUUAACGAGUGUUUGGAAAAUAAUGGAGGAUGUUCAGAUAUAUGUCUGAAUAUUAAUGGGACUAAUUCUUGUGAGUGUGGGAAAGGAUUUCGAUUAUCGGAAGAUGAGAAAAAGUGUUUGGAUUUUGAUGAAUGCGAAGUGAAUAAUGGUGGUUGUUCGCAUCUCUGCGUGAAUGAGGUUGGGUCAUUUUAUUGUGAUUGUCCAUCUGGUUAUGGGAAGAUCAACUCGACUUGUUAUGAACUGAAUCCUUGUCUUGAGGAUAAUGGAGGAUGCGAGCAAGAUUGCAGAAAUGAGAAUGGUGUGGCGCUUUGUUCAUGUAGGGAAGGGUUUAAAAAAAUGGAAGAAGAUGCUUCGAGAUGUCUGGAUAUUGACGAAUGUUUGGGAUCACACGGAUGUCAGCAUUUUUGUGUUAAUACGAAGGGAUCAUUCAACUGUAGCUGCAGAGAGGGAUAUGAAGCGAGGAACUCUUCUUGUGUGGAUAUCAAUGAAUGUGAGAGGAAUAAUGCUGGAUGUCCUCAGGACUGUGUCAAUACGAUCGGGUCUUAUAUCUGCAGUUGCAAACCCGGUUAUACCCUGAAUCCGAGGGAUAAAAGUCAAUGCGAGGAUAUAAAUGAGUGUGUAAAUAAAAAUGGUGGCUGCACUGGCGAUUGUAUCAACACUUCAGGAAGUUAUUAUUGCGUCUGCAGUGAUGAUGCCGUUUUAUCUGCUGAUGGAAAGACUUGUGCUUCGAGAUUUUCGAGAUGUCGGGCAAUGGAUGCCCCAACAUUUGGAGAGGUUCGAUGCCCUGGUCAUCCAUCGGGGGCAUUAGAGUACCCAGUGGGAGCGAGGUGCUACAUUAGAUGCAACCCCGGAUUCAAAUUGGAGGGCGCUCACGCCCGAGAUUGCCAGGCGGGCGCCCGCUGGAAUGGGAAGGAGCCGAGUUGCCUUCGAGAAUAUACUCCUCCACCAGGUCGUCCUUACUACUCAGACAUGCCGAGACCAUACAUCAGGUGUCCUAGAAGCGUAGAUGUGGAACUUCCGUCGCGGCAGAGCACCGUCCGAGUUUCCUUCCCGCAGCCGAAGACAAACGUGGAUUGGUGGAGGUACGUGGAUGCCUCUCCAGCCUGGGGAAAACAAUUACAAGCGGAUUUACCCGCCGGCAUCACUAUGGUCACCUUCACAGCGUGGUCUCCCACAUCCAAUUACACUAAUACCUGCAGGCUGAUGAUUCGUGUUCGAGACAGAGAAAACCCGAAAGUUUUAACAUGCCCAACAUCCUUCGAAGUACGAUUGGAACCGGGAGAAAAUGGUCGGAUAGUUUUUUGGCAGGAACCCACAUUCGAAGAUAAUGUCGAAAUCGACAAAAUUUACAAAUCAAGAGAACCUGGACAGCAGAUGUACCCCGGUAUUCACAACGUGCGCUACAUCGCUUCCGAUGCUGCCGGAAAUCGAGCUGAAUGCCAUUUCUCCAUACACGUUCGAGAUGCUGAACAUCAUCAAGAUUCAGAGUUCAAGACUUUUAAGAGGAUGCUGAUUUGUCCAGAUCGACCACCUCAACCAUUGGCUCCGAAUUCUUACAGGAUUCCUCGUGGCUGUUAUACGAGGUACACUCGCAUGUUUUCUGGAACGUAUGCUCUUCAAAACUAUCGAAGUCACUCUCAAAGACAAGAUGAGUAUCAAACUAGAGCUGCUUAUCAUCAAGUACAUCCAAUGUUACGAACGCGAGAACAGGAUCAAGCACGAGUGUAUCCGCUCGCAGCCUUAAGUAAUAAAUCCAAGCCGAUUGAUGAUGCUAGUGAAUUAAGAAAUAUAAAAACAACAUUCGAAAGAAACGUGGUUUCAACUUUUAAUAAUUUUAAAAUACAGAAACAGUGCACUCUCGCGUAA